AUGGACUUCGGUAUCGUCAGACUGGAUAUGCCGUGUCGGGUCCUGGGCAUCCCGGUAUAUGUGGUGACGGGAAUUGCCCUUUCAAUGGCAGCCGGGAACUGGAGCACGAGCCCCAAUUCUCUGGACGAGUUGGCCCCAGGCAACGGGUCUCGUGCUUGUGGCGUUCAACCAAUGAAAACCCCAUCUUCUACCGCGUGGGCUCUCCCAAGCACGCGACACCAACUACACCUGAAGGACUUUUGGUAA